CGCGAAGAGAUGGCUAGGAAGCGCCGUGAGUCCGGCGUGGAUCUCGGGGCGCGGAGCUCCUUCUUCCUGGCAGGUGCAGCGCAGGGCGAUCCUCGAGGGCUGCGUCUGGAAGCGCAGCCAGAACUUUAGCCCGAAGUUCUGCUGAAGAGCGCGGCGCCACUUCCCGUCGAGGCGGAGAAAGGAAGCUGCGAGCCCCGGCUCCGCAUUUGGAUGCCAUGGAGUCAACGGCAGGCAUAAUGAUGAACAAAGGACCAGAUUCUAGGAAAAGUGGGAUUACGGGCUUGCUUACAAAGCACCUUUGGAAGGCCUUGCGCCUGUCUUCCCCCAUAGCACUUUCCCAACACUGUACAGGUUCUUGCCCAGACUUGAUAAUGAGCAGGAAUGAAGUGCCGGAAGAAAAGAUAGUCCACAGAGAAGCUUCAUCUAGGCCUCGGUCACCCACAAAGACUCACCAGACACUCUGCUUAUCCCUCUCAUCAGACAACGCCAGGCAAUACAGUGGCUUGGCCUCUCUGGAGAAUCUUGAUACUCAGAUGAAACAAGCCCACAGUGGUGGGGCAGCCAGCAGCACUGGUUCCCUGGAACGGGCAUCCUUGUUUUGUGCCUCUGUACCCAGUUCCUCGUCCAAAUCCAUCAUCUCCAAGCCAACGGGAUCUCCAUCCAAGCCCAAGUCUUCCAACUCUUUGUUUUCUCCCUUGCUGCCAAAGGGCAGCUUUGAAUUCAAUCCUAAUCCGUCAUUUGUUUCUAGCUCCAAGAAGCGCCGCAAUGGGAGUCUCAAAUCCAGGGAGGCCAGUGACCCAAAGCCAAGGGAACUACAGGCAGGCUUUGGUUUCUUGGACCCGGUCAUCGCCAGGGUAACAGACUUCAUCUACGUGGGGAACCUCCGUGGGGCUUACAGUGGGCAGGCGCUGUGCAAGAACCAGAUUGACAGCAUCAUUGACGUGAGCAGCUUGCCCAGGGACUGCAGGCUGAGCUUCAUCCCCUGCACCUGCAGCCGAGGGCCCCAGCAUAGCUGGUCCCGCCUCAAGGUGCACGUCCAGGGGCCUUUGGAGGAGGAGCGCCUUUCUCUGCAGCAGCCAUGCUUCUGGGACAUCAACCGGUGCCUUGAGGCCUCUCUGGAGAAAAGGAAGCGGGUUCUGAUUCACUGCAGGGAUGGCUACUCCCUGGCUCCUACCUGCGUCAUCCAGUACCUGAUGGUCAAACACCACAUGAGGCUGCUGGCUGCUUAUGAGUUUGUCAGAGCAAGGUACCCAGUGAACAUCCGGGAGUGUCACCAAGACCUGCUGGUGGACCUAGAGAGGUCUCUGUGGCCUGGCGAGGUGGACAUGGAGUGCUCUAAACAAGCCAUGUCAAGGAAGAUGGCAUGGACAUAGGGUCAGGCUAGAUGGUGAGGGCAGCAGUUUUAUCUCGCACAUGUAGAAAGGUGGGGAGGAAUGUGGUUCAUGGUGACUGAAGCUUCUCCCCUUGCCUGUCCCUUCUCUCCUAGCGCCCUCCCAGUAUCUAGGAGAGGGAGCAGGUCUUGCAUUGUACACACUCUUUUCAACCACCUCCUUUUUCCGCAGCAGGGAUGGCUAAACUUUUUC